GCAGCUCUGCCCGCAGGCGGACACUCGGCCGGCCUGUCGCCCAUGGACACCGUGCUCCUCUUCGCCCUCGGGCUGCUGGCCCAGGGCCUGGACCUCUCAUUGGGGGUUCCCGGGCUGAGGAGGCCCGGCACCCUGUUCCCCUGGCACCGGGCACCCUCGUCUGGCCGCGUGCGCAGAGCCUGGGUCAUCCCCCCCAUCAGUGUGUCCGAGAACUACAAGCGCCUCCCCUACCCACUGGUGCAGAUCAAGUCUGACAAGCAGCAGCUGGGCAGCGUCAUCUACAGCAUCCAGGGGCCCGGCGUGGACGAGGAGCCCCGAGGUGUGUUCUCCAUUGACAAGUUCACAGGGAAGGUGUUCCUGAACGCCCUGCUGGACCGGGAGAAGACCGACCGCUUCCGGCUAAGGGCCUUUGCUCUGGACCUGGGAGGAUCCACCCUGGAGGAGCCCACGGACCUGGAGAUUGUGGUUGUGGAUCAGAACGACAACAGGCCUGUCUUCCGGCAGGAGGUGUUCACCGGCCACGUGCUGGAGGGUGCUGUGCCAGGCACCUAUGUGACCAGAGCCGAGGCCACGGAUGCUGACGACCCAGAAACAGACAACGCGGCCCUGCGGUACUCCAUCCUGGAGCAGGGCAGCCCCCAGCUCUUCAGCAUCGAUGAGCACACAGGGGAGAUACGCACCGUGCAAGUGGGCCUGGACCGGGAGGUGGUCGCCGUGUACAAUCUGACCCUGCAGGUGGCGGACAUGUCUGGAGAUGGCCUGACCAGCACUGCCUCAGCCAUCAUCACUCUCGAGGACGUCAAUGACAACGCCCCCGGCUUCACCAGGGAGGAGUUCUUCAUGGAGGCCACCGAGGCCAUGAGUGGAGUCGAUGUGGGGCGGCUGGAGGUGGAGGACAGGGACCUGCCAGGCUCCCCCAACUGGGCAGCCAGGUUCACCAUCCUGGAGGGCGACCCCGAUGGGCAUUUUGCUAUCCGCACAGACCCCAAGACCAACGAAGGCGUGCUGUCUGUGGUGAAGCCCCUGGACUAUGAGAGUUGUGACCAGUACGACCUCAGAGUGGAGGUGCAGAACGAGGUCCCCCUGCAGGCGGCUGCCCCCCGGGCCGAGCGGGAUCAGGCCAGAGUCAGCGUGCAGGUGCGGGAUGUCAACGAGGCGCCCGUGUUCCAGGAGAAUCCACUGAGGACCAGCCUGGCGGAGGGGGCGGCCCCAGGAACCCCUGUGGCCACCUUCUCUGCCCGAGACCCCGACACACAGCAGCUGCAGAGGCUCAGCUACUCCAAGGAUUAUGACCCUGAGGACUGGCUGCAAGUGGAUGGAGCCACAGGCUGGGUCCAGACCCAGAGUGUGCUCAGCCCGGCGUCCCCCUUCCUCAAGGAUGGCUGGUACAGGGCCAUCAUCCUGGCCUACGACGAUGCUUCCCCGCCCUGCACGGCCACCGGAACCCUGUCCAUUGAGAUCCUGGAAGUGAAUGACCACGCCCCCGAGCUGUCCCCCUCAUCUGGAAGCCUGUGCAGUGAGCCAGACCAGGGCUCUGGCCUUCUCCUGGGUGCCACGGACGAGGACCUGCCCCCCCACGGAGCCCCCUUCCACUUCCAGCUGAGCCCCAGGGUCCCAGAGCUGGCCCGGAACUGGAGCCUCAGCCGGAUUAACAUGAGCCAUGCGCGCCUUCGGCUGCGGCACCAGGUCCAGGAGGGGCUGCACCGCCUCAGCCUGCUGCUCCAGGACUCAGGGCAGCCACCUCAGCAUCGCGAGCAGCUCCUUAAUGUGACCGUGUGCCACUGUGGCCAGGAUGGCGUCUGCCUGCAGGGGGCCGCUGCGCUGAGGGCAAAGGGCACAGGCCUCAGCCUGGGCGCCCUGGGCAUCGUGCUGGCCAGUGUCAUCCUGCUGCUCUUGCUCGCCCUGCCGGUGGCCCUCCUCUCACGGUUCCGACAGCAGCCAUGGGACAAGGGGCUGCUACCGGGGCUGCAGGAUGACCUCCGGGACAACAUCCUCAACUAUGAUGAGCAGGGGGGCGGGGAGGAAGACCAGGAUGCCUACGACAUCAGCCAGCUGCGCCACCCGGCAGAGCUGGCAGCCCUGAGUGCCCCUCUGGGACGGCCGCUGCUGCGCCGCGACACCCCGUUCAGCUGGGUGCGCCCCCCACCAUCCCGCGUGCUGCCCACCAGCCCCGCUGACAUGGCAGACUUCAUCAACGAUGGCUUGGAAGCUGCGGACAGUGACCUCAGCGUCCCGCCCUACGACACUGCUCUCAUCUAUGACUACGAAGGAGAUGGGUCCAUGGCAGGGACACUGAGCUCCAUCCUCUCCAGCCGGGGUGACGAGGACCAAGACUACAGCUGCCUCCAGGACUGGGGCCCUCGCUUCGCCCGGCUGGCCGACUUGUACGGCCCUCCCUGAGGGCCGGAUGCAGUGGCCACUCAGGACGGGGCAGAGCUUUCUGAUGGGGACCUGCACCCACCCUGCUGAGGGCACAGCAGUUGGACACAGAGGGUGGACAUCCUCACCAGGAUGGACAGCCUGACCACAGAGGUCUGACUGCACGUGUCAGCAGCUGGCCGUGUAGCGUGGAGGACUGGCUGACCUGUGCAGAGAUGCCGCAGGGCACCUGGUCCCACACGCCAGGUGCUUUGGGCAGCCUGCUUCUCCCGGGGAAGACAGAGUCCCAGGGGCAGAGCCUGGAGUGGAGCUGUGGGAAGGAGGUGCCUCUCCCACCCUGAGUCCAACAAGCACUGCUCUGAGUCACCUGUGAGGGGGGCAGCCACCCUCAUUCCCAGCUCCGACACCCCAUGCAGAUUUCAUCUUUGUAUGAAAGGAAGCAGCUCUCCGGCAAAUGUGAAUUAAAAGUGUGGUCUUUCCGGUA